AUGAGGCUGGUUCUCCAGAAGUGGGGGAAGGCCGGCAACCAGAGCGCUACCGAUGGCGAAGUUCUGGAGUUCGCUUUCCAUGUUAUUAGAUUGGCCAGAAACAGAGCACUGCAGCAGCUUACAGACACAUUAACAGCCUACAAAGCAGACAUAGCUGCAAUCCAAGAAGUAAGAUGGACAGGAGACGGUGUUAUACACAAAAGAAACGCAGACUUCUACUACAGCUGCCACAAGACUAAACACUGUUUUGGUGUGGGCUUCCUAGUUAUGAAGCAUAUCAGGCAGUUAGUGAUUGAUUUUAAGGCAAUAAAUGAACGAAUCGGAGUUUUACGAGUUAGAGGAAGGUUUUUCAAUCUAUCAAUAAUCAACUGCCAUGCACCUACUGAAGAAAAGCCUGAUGAAGAGAAGGAUACAUUUUAUGGAGAUCUUGAGAGAGCGUAUAACGCAUGCCCAAAACAUGACAUUAAAGUUCUAAUGGGAGAUAUGAAUGCUAAAAUAGGACGGGAAGAAAUCUACAAACAGCAAGCGGGUUCUCACAGCCUACAUAAUGAAUCCAAUCUGAACGGAAUAAGACUUAUCAACUUCGCUGCAUCUAAAGGAAUGGUGAUAAGCAGCACAUCCUUUCCCAGGAAAAAUAUCCAUAAGGAAACUUGGGUCUCCCCGGAUAUGGCUACAUAUAAUCAAAUUGAUCAUGUGAUGAUAGAUGGCCGGCAUCGUUCUAAUGUUAUGGCUGUAAGGACCUUUAGAGGAGCAAAUAUAGAUUCGGACCACUACCUUGUUGGAGCCACGCUCCGAGCACGGAUCUCCAAAGUUAAAAAUAUAAAGGGAGCCAGACGCAAGAAGUUCAAUGUUGGUGCCUUGAAAGAGGAGGACUCUUCUCAGAAAUUCAAAGACUGUGUCCGGGAUAAUCUGCGAGUUGAAGAGGAUGAAGAUCCAUCUGGUAUGUGGAGAAGCCUAAGGGAUGAACUGGAAAGGAUUGCAGAAGAUGUUAUAGGAGUGGAAAGGCAAGAACAGACCAAAACAUGGUUUGACUACGAAUGCCAAGAGGCAACAAACAAAAAGAACACAGCCUAUAAGAAGAUGCAGCAGAGUCGAGGGACAAGGAGUACAGCCGAACAGUAUAGAGCUAUGAGAAGAGCUGAAAAGAGGAUACAUAAGAAAAAGAAGAAAGAAUGGGAGAAGAAAGAGCUGGAGAUCCUAGAAGCUGCAAGAGAUAGGAAUGAAACAAGAAAGUUUUACAACAAAGUUAAUAUUGGAAGAAAGGGUUUCAUGCCAAGAACAACUUUGUGCAGAGCAAAGGAUGGUGAACUGCUGAGUGAGCCGGGGAAAGUUUUGCGAAGAUGGAAGGAGCACUUUGAAGAACUGUACCAUCCUGCAAUUCCACUGGAAAGGCCGGAUGAAGAGGUAACUAUCAACACCGACCUGGCAGAACAACCCCCUCCAUCGGUGCGGGAGGUCCAAUUGGCAGUGGAGAAGUUGAAUAGAAACAAGGCACCAGGAGAAGAUGGAAUCCCAGCAGAACUUCUGAAAGAUGCUGGAGAUCACCUUGCUGAACAACUGCAAAAAGUGAUCCAUAAGGUGUGGGUGACAGAGCGGAUGCCUGAGGACUGGACAGUAGGACUUAUCUGCCCGAUACAUAAAAAAGGGGAUCAAAUGGAAUGUAAGAAUUAUAGGGGCAUAACCCUUCUCAACACUGGGUACAAAGUAUUUUCAAACAUUCUGUUUGCUAGGCUCAAACCGUUAGCAGAAAGGUGUGUAGGGAAGUAUCAGACAGGAUUCCGCUCCGGAUGCUCUACAAUAGAUCAAAUAUUCUCGCUGCGACAGAUUCUAGAGAAGGCUCAUGAAUAUAAAAUAGGAAGCUCCCACCUCUUCUUGGAUUUCACCGCGGCCUAUGACAGUAUCCUGAGAGUAAGGCUAUUCGAAGCCAUGGAUGAAUUUCAAUUCCCAAGGAAGCUCAUCAACCUUACAAAAGCAUCCUUGUCUAAAGUUGUAUGCCGGGUGAAGAUACAAAACCAUCUGUCGGAGCCUUUUGAGAUGGAGGCAGGGCUGAGACAAGGAGAUGCUCUUUCAUGUUUGUUAUUCAAUAUAGCUUUAGAAAAAGUCAUUCGUGAGUCAAAAGUCAACACUGAAGGGAAUAUUUUUUAUAAAUCAACCCAAAUUCUCGCGUACGCAGACGACAUUGAUAUCAUUGGAAGAUCGGUGAAUGAUAUGAAGGAAGCCUUUAAAAAUAUUAAAAAUGCAGCAUUGCAAAUGGGCCUUCACAUAAAUGAAAACAAAACAAAGGUCAUGAUCACAUCAACGAACCACAACAUCGGGGAGAGGCUUCAGAUGAAUGAUAACUGUUUUGAGGUGAAAGAUGAUUUUGUAUACCUGGGCUCCCUCGUCGAUGGUAAAAAUGAAACAACAAAGGAGGUGGAAAGGAGAAUUCUCCUGUCCAGCAGAUGCUUCUAUGGUCUCUCCAAGUAUAUAAAAAACAAAGUGCUGAGCAGAGCCACAAAGUUUAAAAUAUAUCGUUCGCUAAUCCUGCCAGUACUCAUGUAUGGCAGUGAAACAUGGACACUGUCCAAAAAAGACGAGAGCCAACUCAAAGUUUUUGAGAGGAGGGUACUGCGAAGCAUCUGUGGUGGGAUAAAAGUGGAUGAGACCUGGCGGAGGAGGAAGAAUGAGGAGCUCUACCAAGUAUAUUGUGAACCUGAUGUGGUCAAAAUGAUAAAAAUUGGUAGACUGCGAUGGGCUGGCCACCUUAUUCGGGCAGAUGAGACCUACCCACCAAGGAGACUCAUGCUGUACAGGAUGGAAGGGAGGCGAAGACCAGGAAGGCCGAGACUGCGCUGGAUGGACGGUGUUGACAAGGACGCACAAGUGAUUGGAGCCAGAGGUUGGAAAGCGAGGGCGGAAGACAGAGACGAAUGUAGGCGAAUACUGGAGGAGGCCAAGACCUGGCCAGUUGUUAUCGACCUGUAUGCGAGCGCAAGGCAACACAACCAGACAGUGCAACAGAACGUGCACUAA